CACCAACCGUGAUGUACGACUGUGGGAUUAUUUCACUCUCUCAACAAACAUGUUUGCUCUGUGCUCACGAACCAAGUGAGAAAUCGGUAGUAUUCUAUAAUGAACAGUGCCGUAGGAUCUCGACAGUUUUCGCCGAUCUUCGGUUACGUGUUUGCACGAUAUUCGAGAUUAAGUACAUACAUGUGUAUAGAAGAAUCGUUUAACGCGUUUAAUAUUGACCAGGGACUGAACAGAGUACACGCAGGUAGGAAUGUACGCGAUCAAAAAUGUCGAUUCUUCUCCGUAAGCUGCUUUCGAUGCGGAGCCAUCGUACCCUUCAAACUAUCGGAUAUCGGAGAAGGAAUUCGAGACGUCAGGAUAAAAGAAUGGUACGUGAAACCAGGCGACCGAGUGUCUCAAUUCGAUAACAUUUGCGAGGUCCAAAGCGAUAAAGCGUCCGUGACGAUUACCAGCCGUUACGACGGAUUAAUUAAAGCCUUGCACCACAAGGUGGACGACGUAGCCUUGAUAGGAGAAUCGUUACUGGACAUUCAACUGGACGAUGGGAACGAGAACGCGGAAACGACGGCGUCUGAUAAAGCAGCUACGAAAAUCGAAUCGGAAACUGAGGCGAAAAAUCAGGACCUGUACGGAUUGAGGGAAAAGGCAGUGGCCACGCCGGCGGUCAGAAGGAUAGCGAUGGAGAACGAUAUUAACUUGAAGGAUGUCGUUUCUACCGGGAAAGGUGGCCGGGUGCUUAAAGAGGAUAUAUUGGCGCACUUGGAAAAAAUUUCUGCUGGCCCUGCGGGAAAAAGGGUCGGAGAGAAACCAACAACGGUGCCGGCGAAAGGCUACAGCAAGCAUAUGUGGAAAACGAUGACGCAGUCCCUGAGCAUACCGCACUUCGUAUACAGCGACGAGUGCAACGUGAACAAAUUGAUGGAUCAACGGGACGAGGUAAAGGACUCGCUGAAACAGCAAGGCAUCUCUUUAAGCCUGAUGCCGUUCUUUAUAAAAGCGGCGUCCAGAGCUUUAGAAAAGGUGCCGCAGUUAAACGCGUGGCUCGACGAGGAGAGUCAAGGGACGCUCGUUCACGAUAAUCACAACAUCGGCAUCGCUAUGGACACGCCCGAGGGUCUGAUUGUGCCCAACAUUAAAAACGUUCAACGACUGAACGUGGUAGAGAUCGCGAGGGAGCUGAACCGUCUUCAGGAACUCGGCAGGAAGUGCUCCUUAUCGUUCGACGAUUUAUCAAACACCACUUUCACUCUGUCGAACAUCGGUGUUGUGGGCGGCACGUACACGAAGCCAGUUAUUCUACCGCCGCAAAUCGUGAUCGGCGCGUUUGGUAAAACUCAGAAAUUACCGCGAUUCGACGAGGAAGGUAAGGUAAUCGCAGCGAACAUAAUUUCCAUCAGCUGGGCGGCGGAUCAUCGAGUCGUGGACGGUGUCACGAUGGCGAGGUACUCGAAUCACUGGAAGUUCUACGUCGAGAAUCCAACGUACCUCCUGAUCGGAGCUUAAAAAUAAUCUGACUAGUCUCUAUGGGAAUCUCUUUUAUACGUGAAUUACAAUAAAGCCUAGGGAACAACCUUUUGUACGUAAA